AUGAAUGAACUACCGUCAGGCAUCAUAAAAGAAAUUUUCAAGUUCCUAACGUAUGAAGAUGUGGUGAAAAAUAAAAACUGCGUGUGCAAAGAAUUCUACUGCGCAGUGAAGUACAAUGAUUUGUGGAAGUGCUUCUACGACAGGGAAUACACAGAUGACAUCAUCAAUAGGAAACAGAAUGAUCCGUUUAAGGAGCUCUUUUAUAUAAGACAUGAGGAGAAAAAAAAAAAUAAAUAUGUUUGUUUUCCAAAGUCUGCACAAGAACAAUUCUUAGAUAUGGAGGCAUCAUUACUUGCCUUGCGGGACAGCUCCUUUGGACAGUUUAACAUUUCUCAUUUGUACGAACCCGGUCGUUUUAAGGUGGAUAACGUGAUGCAUGGAAGGGAUUACGGAGGUGGCUCUCCAGCUGUAUCCCCUUAUUACAUAGGAAGGAGAAGUCACCAGAAUUGUAUUUACGACGAGACCCUUCAUAACAGCGGUAAUGACGCGGUAUGGAAUGGUAAGGAUGCGUUACCCCUAUGUGAGAACACUCAUCGUGGAGGGAAGAUGACGAACCAGAUGAUGAACGAAAUCGAAGAAGAAUCAAUUUGGAAUGACAAAAUAACACUGAGGGGGAGGGGGGUCCAAGAAGAAGACAAAAGCGGACACAUGUGUUCAUUCAAUCACUGCGAAUUUAAAUAUAUUCCAAGGAGCGAUCUGUACAUAUGCACUGAAAGUAGGAAUUAUCACAUAUGUGAUGAUAAAUGUGAGCUAGCCAUUUCAUCGGACAUAGAGUGGGGGUAUUUGGUAUGCCCUUUGUCUGGAAAAAUGUUUGAUUGCUUAUCACAACCACAAUGUAGAAAAAACUUUAAGAGUGUAAAUUCUACCGUUAGAUACAUUUUGACUUAUGAUAUGGGAGCUGGUGGAGCCUUUCAAUACAUCUCCCCCCAGGAAGAAAAUUAUUCUGACGAUUCCUACGCACAAGAAAUGGAACCCUCCUUUGCAUACAGAAAAAGGUAUUCACAUAAACGUAUGGAUGGAAAUACGAUUCAUGGGGGUAUGCGAAAAAGGGGGAAAAAGAAAAGUGGGUGCAUUUCCCCUGCCAGUAGAAAUAGCGUCUUCAAAAAGAUACUCGAUUCUUACAUGGGAAGCAAGAAGGGUUGCAAACGGGGGACCAUGCAAAAUGGGUAA